GUAGCUGAUAGUGCAGGAGCAAGAGGGUGUCUUCCAGAGACUGAGCCUAGGGAAACUGGAAUAGGUUCUAACUACUGAACUUCCCAGCCUAUAUAAAAUGCGUGAAAUUGUGCAUCUUCAGAUUGGCCAGUGUGGAAACCAAAUUGGAGCUAAGUUCUGGGAAGUGAUAAGUGAUGAACAUGGAAUUGAUGUCACUGGGAACUACCAUGGUGAUUCGCCACUGCAGCUUGAGAGAAUUAAUGUGUACUUCAACGAAGCUUAUUCCAGUAAGUUUGUACCCCGGGCUAUCUUGAUGGAUCUGGAACCUGGAACCAUGGACAGUGUACGAUCCAGCAAAAUAGGCCCACUCUUUCGACCUGAUAAUUUCAUUCAUGGUAAUUCAGGUGCUGGCAACAACUGGGCUAAGGGCCAUUACACAGAAGGAGCUGAGCUGAUUGACAGCAUAAUGGAUGUGGUCAGGAAUGAGUGUGAGAGCUGCGAUUGUCUGCAGGGGUUUCAGCUCAUCCACUCACUUGGAGGAGGCACAGGAUCUGGUAUGGGCACACUCCUUAUCAACAAAAUCAGGGAAGAAUAUCCUGAUAGGAUUAUGAAUACUUUCAGCGUAGUGCCUUCACCCAAAGUAUCAGACACAGUUGUAGAGCCAUAUAAUGCCAUACUGUCCAUCCACCAACUGAUAGAGAACACAGAUGAAACCUUUUGUAUUGACAAUGAAGCUCUGUACGACAUAUGCUUUAGAACCCUAAAGCUCCCCAGCCCCACCUACGGUGACCUCAACCAUCUGGUGUCUCUGACCAUGAGUGGUGUCACCACCUCACUCCGUUUUCCUGGCCAACUCAAUGCAGAUCUGAGAAAGCUGGCUGUUAACAUGGUGCCUUUUCCUCGCCUGCACUUCUUUAUGCCCGGCUUUGCUCCACUGACAGCUCGAGGCAGUCAGCAAUACCGAGCCCUCUCAGUCCCAGAGCUCACCCAACAAAUGUUUGAUGCCCGGAACAUGAUGGCAGCCUGUGACCCUCGUCAUGGACGCUAUUUGACUGUGGCAUGUAUCUUCAGAGGCCAGAUGUCUACCAGAGAAGUGGAUGAACAGUUGCUGGCUAUCCAGACCAAAAAUAGCACCUAUUUUGUGGAGUGGAUCCCUAACAAUGUGAAAGUGGCUGUAUGUGAUAUACCACCACGUGGGCUGAAGAUGGCGGCCACCUUUAUAGGCAACAACACAGCCAUCCAAGAGCUCUUCAUUAGAGUUUCUGAACAGUUCUCAGCUAUGUUCAGAAGGAAAGCGUUUCUCCACUGGUAUACUGGUGAAGGUAUGGAUGAGAUGGAGUUUUCUGAAGCAGAAAGCAAUACCAAUGAUUUGGUGUCUGAGUACCAACAAUACCAGGAUGCCACAGUAGAAGUAGAUGAAUAUCAAGAGGCAGAAGUGGAAGUCAGUCAAGAACAGGAAACAUAUGAAAAAGAAUUUUAAUAUCAGAACACUAUCCAAGAACAUGUAUUCAAUUUACAGCUAAGAAAAAGUAGUAACACUGACCUAUGUAUCUGAAGGGAGAACUCUUAAAAAGUAUCUGCUUUUCUCUGUAUUAAUCCAAAGUUUAUACAGUGUAUAUACGAGCAUAGUGAUGCUGAAAUUAACUCUGCCCGUUUUAUGCCUCUUCCUUAUAACCUGUGUCUGGUACAGCAAACCCCGGAGAAAGAACAAUUAAGAGUGCAAGUUGUACUGUAUCAGCCUUCUUUACACAUGUACUAGCUUUAGACUGGUAGAGUCAGCUCUAUCAUGUAAGUGUGUUGUGUGUGACAAAAGUCAUGAUGAUGAGUGUUGAUAUAAUAGGCUCUAAAGUGUCAUAACAUUUAUUUAUUCUCAGGUAAAUGCAGAUUUAGGUUUUACAUUUUGGAAUUUGUUAUUUUUAGAAGCACAUAUGUACAGGUUAGAACAGUAAGUACCCAUGUUGUUCUGCACACCAAUAAACAAAUUGAAUCAGUGUUUGUUAAGAAGUGUAGAAAAAAGUUUUAAGGUGCCUUCUAAAACAUUCUUAACACACUGAGUGUCAAACAGUAGCAUCACUUUAUUUUUGUUUUGUAUUAUGGAAGAUUUUUUGUCUUUACAAUAUUUGUAUGUUUCAUCUUCAAUUAAAUAUUUAAACUGGUUUAUUAUUAGGUCAUAGAUUUGUGAACUUUAUUUAAAAGUUUCUUUUGGCGUCCUCCCCUCUCCCUUUUAUAGAAUGUUUACAACUUUCUUUCUUAUUGUUUGAUACCAUGAGCUAAACACAAUGGCCUGCAACUACAGUAGUUUGUGAUGUAACCUCAAUGUCACAAUUCAGUUUUCAAAAAUUUAGGAAGAAGUUAGAAACAACAAUGCAUCACACUCAGAGACAAACCCGGUUACUUAACCAUUCAUAACACCAUGGUGGUAGCUGCUAUCUUAUAAAUAGUGUUGAUGUUUUCUGAAUCAUUCCCCCACGUUAAAUGAAUAUGUAACU